GAUGAUACUGUAAAUAUAACGAACACUGCUAUGAAAAAAAAAAUUAAAACAAAAUAUUUCGGCAUGUAAUUUCGGACAUAGAGAUUAACUAUGAAGUUGUAAUUAGCAUUUCUCUAUUAUGAAUCUUCGAUCGUAUGCAUGCCUCCUAAUAAGCCAACACCUCUACUCCCUAAGGUUAGCCCCAAAAUUAAACUAUAAUAUUAAUAUUAUACGGUGCUUUGUGUAAUAAAAAAAAAUAUAUUAUUUAGUGAUGUAAUAAAAAAUAGUUGCUUGCAACGUGUGGACCGUUAGCCAGGUGAGAUGGUGCUUUAUAAUGAACCCUCAGAGGGUCACAUGCUUGUCAACUCUACUCCCCAGGUUGGCAGCGUGCGGUGCUUCAGACUUCAGCCACUUGAAGCUCCUAACCAUCUUAUAGGAAUGGUACCACGUCCCUAUAAGGGUGGGCGGAGAGAGCACCAUCCAUAUGACUAGGGAGUACGGCCCACCAGAUGCAUCCCAACUACUUUGCCCCACUUGGUUACAGGCCCACGUGACUGGACCCGGCGAUAGGACUGUAUAAAGUAAUCAAUAUAAACAUAUUAAAAAAGCUAUAACAAGUCGAUGUGGGAUUUUUUCUUCCUUAAACCAAACCAAAUCAAAAGUUGUUCUUCUCAGUUAGUGUAAAAAUGAUGCUAUCCGACUCUCCACUCCUCAUCUCACUGCACAACAGAGUCAGAGAGACCAAAAACCUCUUUUUCCCUCUCGACCAAGGAACCCAAUCACCGGCGGCGGCGCAGUUGCUUCGUCCUCUAAGACCGUGUAUGUCGUUUUAGUAUUUUUUUUCCUUUCUUUCUUUCUUUCUUUCUAUGUCUAUCUCUUCGUGCCUUAUGUAUGAAUUUUUGUUAUUGCUCGGUAUUAGUUCUCAUAGGGCUUGAUUUUCUUCCUUCACGCUGGGUUUAUCAUACAAUACAAGUUUAGAAUUAAUUUUUUUUGGCUUCGUGUUUCUUUUAACUCGUUGCAUUCCAUUUUUUAGGAUUUAAAUCUGUAUAACAUUUUCUGUAUCGUAAAAUAGCAUAAAAUGCCUGAAGGUUUCCACUUAGAACGCCCUCUGUUCGCCGGUGCCUUAACUAGCACCUUCCCUCAAAGGUUCCAGGAGGUGUUUGUGGAUCCUUCCCGGGAUGAAAGUUUGAUCUUUGAGAUAUUAGAAUUGAAGGAAGAAGUUGGUGAUGAUGGAAGUGCUUCAUGGUUUCUUCAAGACCUUGCCUCUGAACAAGAAUCUGAAGGCUGCGUGGUAAUUAAAUUUUUCCCUAUUAUUGUUCACACUCAUUAAUUGUGUAUUCAUCUAUCAAUUGCUAACUUGAUCAUAUUUUCCUUGUCUUAGAUUGUUUAUGGUUUUAUUUUGAAAGGGUUAUCCAAUUUGUUUCGUAUAAAUGCGUACAUGUUAAUUUAGUCCUCUUCAGUUCUUAUUCUCUAGUUUCUAUCUAUGUAAGAUGGUAAUUAAAUGCCGAUAUAUUAUGAUACUAGCUUUCGCAAUAUUUGGAUAUGAGAAAAGUUUCCCCAAUAGUAGCUGAGAUAUGAUUCAAACUAUUGUGCCAAAGACUAAUUUGCCUCAAAUUAAAAUUCAGGUGAUUGAACAGUCAGCAGUGACUUAGGCCCCUGGACUGUGCUAUAGGAGCACACCUGCUGUCAUUAUAACUGCAGUAGGCCAAAUGGUAUGUGUCCAUAGUAAUCUUUUAGGUUGUGUUUGCUGUUGGUUAUGGGUUUUUACUUUCUUUAGUUUGCCUUCACAUUUAAGUAAUGGAUGAUUGGCCUUUGGUCUAUUGUGUGGAAUCAUAAAUGUCACCAACCUUGUAUCUGUCGUAAACUUGUGAUUAUUGAUGCUAGGUAUCUGUUCUUCUACUUCCUUCAAUGUGCCUCUUCUGUAGGGACAAAGAUGAAAAAACAAAAGGGAAAUUGUGUUCAAAUAUGUAUAUAUUUCAACAUUUUCUUUCAAGUAACCUUACAUAAUAUAUCCUUUUCCUUUCCUGAUGACUGAUAUGGAAUGGAAGAGAAAUAGUGAAACAGUGUGCUGCUUCAUCACCUGAUUAAUCAUUAUCGGUAUUGAAUAUUUUCUUUCCAAAUAAUUUGUAUUGAACUGCCAUUAGAAACAUUUACGAAGAACUAUGAUGAUUGCAAGAAGUGCUUUUGAAGCAUGGCUUGUAGUUUCUCCAUUGCAUGGAAAAUAUUCUUUGUUUAUCAAACUUCCUUUGAAGAAUCUCAAAGUUAAACUGUAUUAACCUUUUGGGCUCAUAUCAAUUCAUUAUUUUGGUUACUUGAACAUAGGCUAUCUCUAAGGGACGGCAAGGUAGGGAAGCACAAAAUGUUGUGAGGGUAAGUUAUUUCUCUUCUUUUUUAAAUCUAGCUUAGGAUUUUCUUUCCACCAGCUAAUAACGGUUUAGUGUUUCUGUGCUCUAUUAAUAUUUUAUUGUUAUCUUGUGGGUAUAUGUUGCAAAUGUUCGUCUUAAAGAAGUUAACACGGAUAUCCUAAUUUCUGCAUAGGAGCCGAUUCAUAUAAAGUAAGUACUAGGAGUUUGUGUUCUGCUGCAACAAGUUCUCGGUUUUUUUGCUUUUCUUUCUGAGAGUACAAAUCAUUGAUUAAAUGCUAUCACCUAUACUUGAAUAAAUAACACCUAAAACAAGAGCAUCUACACAUGAAUAUACUUACAACAUUCAGUCAAUCUAUGCAUAAUUUCUCUUGUAUUUCAAUAAUUUUAAACAACUAACAAGUUGAAACAUGUUAUAUUAAUUGCAAGUGUAAGAUUAAUGCCUCUUUUUCUUCCAAAUGUUAAGAUGUUGAAUUUCAAGGAUACAAAUGUAUUUCCUCUCAACAUAAAUUUUCCUGCCACUAGUGCUUUAGUAAUGUAAAGAGGCAGAGCAUAAUCUUCCUCCUUUGCACCCUCCUUGUGUUAGAUUCUCCGAUUGUGGUUCAGUUCCCAAAUGUUUGAACAGAAAUAGAUGGUAGAUGGUAACAACACUGUUUUGUGCUGUGUUAAUAUUUCCGACACCCUCGCGCUUUCCUUAUUGUUUUUGGUCCAUUGAGUGAAAGUGCUACCGCCGUCGGGGCUGGUGCUGCCACUCCUGCCGAGCUUUCUGGAUGUACGCCAAUGGUUGAGGUCUUCAAACUUGCUGUCUCAACGUUUAAAGUCAACAACUGGGGCCUUUUUGGAAGUGUAUAGAUGAGUCAUAGGGCCAUGUAUAGAUUAUACAUGAAUAGGUUGUUUUAGAUUUAAUGAUUAUUUUUUGUUCAGAAAGAUUGUUGCCAGUCACCAAACUUAGUUUCUGUUGUCAUCUUCCAUUUUCUUUGAAUGUUGAACUGAAUGGCUUCUUGGUUUGGUGACUUUGGUCUCAGUCCUUUUUGUAGAGUUUGAAUUGUUAAAAUUACUUUCUGAUCAUCUCCCUCUCUCCGCUGUAGAUGUUACUGCAUGUGUUCAGUUUUACACAAUAAAAAUUAACCUCAUGGUACGGCUUUGUAAAUGAUAUCACUUCUUUUUUAUUUUUUUUAACAAAAUUUUGUGUUUGAUAAAUUGACUGGAAUUUCAUUGAGUUAUAAAACUAAUAAAAUUAACUUUUUGAAAGAAGAGUUAGUGACCACAUUUCAGGUGUUUUUUUCCUUCUUUUUAAGUCAUGUAUUUUUUAACUUAUUAUUAUUAUUAUUAUUAUUUUUUUUGAUUCAACAUGUAUAUUUUAACUUGAUGAAAACACUUUGGUUCCAUAAAAAAAAAGGCCACUCUGGUUAAAGAAAUAAAACUAAUUCGAUGUUAUAUACAGUUUUUAGAAAAAUAAAAUUUAUCUUAAAUCUGCUUCAAUGUAAUAGUAUAAAUGCCCUUAAAAAAAAAACAAUAGUGUAAAUGUACAAUGUCAUUUAAUAUUCCUUCUGUUAAUAAUCUUUGAACACUUAUGUUAAAAAACAUCUCUAAUCAAAAAUAGGAAAUUGAUGAGCAUAAUUGUAUUUAAAAGUAAAUGUUAAGAGUGAGACUAGUAUAGUAACUCAUAUUUAUUGAAUGGGAAGGGAAGCUAUUUCAAUAAGCAUGAUUAGCAGAACCAGAAAAGGUAGUAGUACACCAAAAAAGAAUAAAGAAAUAUAAUUCUCUUAAUUUUUUUGGAACUGAUUAGUUUAGUGGUACUCAUAGAGUCAUAUGUUAGACAUGAAAAAUAAAGCACAGCAGUAUGUCUGUGUUGUCUUGAACACGUGGGAAAAGCCUUUGAUGUCCUUUGGUAACUAACAACCAUAUAUAAAAACUUGGAAACUAUGCAUUUGAUGUUCAUCUUCUUAAAGAGUUCUUCAAUAAGUUAAAUACUUCAACACUAAGCAGAGAAAGAAUGUUCAAGUCGAAACUGGCCAUUUAACAAAGAAAGACGGACUCUCCUGCUUGAACUGAUAGCUAUUUCGAAUCAAGCUUGAGAAUGGAGCUUUGCCACAAGAAUCAAUGGGGUUUACCAAAGUACACCUCUAUGAGAUAUGGGCCAGAUCAUAACCAUGCUGCCAUGCUUGCUUUUCUUCACUUCAAUUCUCCACCUCCUGGUUCUCUUUCUUUCCUUCUUUCUUGUGUUAUAUAAUGCUUUGUUCCCAAUUGGGUUCUCUUGUAGCUUGUUCUAGUCCUAAUAUAUUAGAUUUUUCAUUAUCUGCAAUCAUCCAUAGUAUUCAUGUGUUUUUUAUUUUAAACUAUCAAAGUUCAUGGUGGCAACUUCUAUAAGUUACACAAAAUUGAACUAAAGCACAAUAAUCUUUGUUAGAAAUGUUCUGUUGAACCCUUAAAUUUUUUAAGACAAUGAAUUUUACUCAUGUAUAUAUAUAAAACUAUUGUCCGAAGCAACUACAGAAAUAUGCUAGACAGAUUAAUUUCGGUUUGCCAGUGUACUUUUGUGAAUGUGGUCAGGGUCCUGAGGACACUCAGUUUAAGGCAACAGUUACAGUUGGUGAUCAAAUUUUUGAGAGCUCUAGAUCCUUCAACACUUCGAAAGACGCUGAAAGUGAUGCUGCAAAGGUUGCUUUAAUGUCUUUCUUAAUGGAAAACUUUCAAGAGGCAAGCACUCCAAAGUAGCUAAGAGCUUUUUCUUUUCUUCACAAAUCUUGUGAUGCUGCAAAGCUUGGGGUUUUAUAGAACUGUAGUGUAUUUAGUUUUAGUGAAGAAUGUUUAGAAUGGGUUUCUAUAUUGGAAUUUUCUUUCUACUGCUUCAGUUACAUACUUGUUUUGCAGCAUCAUUUCUGUGUGGAUGAAUGUAUAGAAAAUUGUUAGUCUAAUUUACUUUUAUCCAUCGACAGGACGAGUCUCGAGUUUACAAGAUUCUCUUGCAAGAGAUAGUUCAGAGAGAAGAUUUAAGCACUCCAGUUUAUAAAACUAUAAAACGUGGUGAACCCCACAAGCCUAUUUUCUUUACUAGUGUGGAGCUGGAUGGAGAAAUUUUCCAUGGGAAAGCAGCAAAAUCCAAGAAACAAGCAGAGUUGGAUGCUGCAAGGGCUGCCUAUGUCGCUCUUAAGGAACGUGGAUCAAUUCAGAAUGUCAACUUCACUUCCUCUAGUUUAGGAGCACAUACUCCCAAAUCAACUUGGAGCUCUGGUGUGGCCUAUGACUUGGUACAGAGUCUCAAACACCAAUGCAUUUUGGUUCCACAUCAACCUCAGACUUAUGUUGAAGCUAAAGAGAAGUUUGAUACAUUAGCAGAUUCAGCAGAAACCAUUGUAAGCACAAUGGAAGUGGACAACUCAUACCCUGCAAUAACAUUUCAUAUGGAAAAACUGAAUGAAGCUGAGAAAGUCUCUGCUGUUUCUUCUCCUUCAGUAACAAACUCGAUGAGCAGUGAUGUGAAGAGUUACUUGCUUUGCAACAAGGUGAGAGUGUACUCACAGUUGCCCAAUCAUCCAUUCCCAGAAGACAUUACUGUGCUCCCCAUUAGAGAAGACAAGUGGGUAGCUGUCAGCUUGGAAUUCCCAAAUGAAAACAACAAAGAAUAGUUGAAAAAUUCAUUCACCCAUAAUCAUGAAAUAUAUUCCCAUCAACAAUUGAUGCCUAUGUAAUGUUUUUUUAUAUUACAACUUUAAGUUAAAAGUCUUCAUUUUUAUGUAAACAGAAACACUCUUUACAUAUAUAUAUAAAAGCAUAUAUUUAAGAGUGUAUAUAGUAUAGUUAUAACUCAUUUCAAAUGGUAAUGCAUGGGGUUUUUGGGAAUUGGCUUAAUUUUUGGUGAUAUUAACGACGACUGAGUUGUGUCGUCGGUAAAAGUGGUGAUAUAUCAUUUGCCCCCGAAACCCUAUUCAGCUAUUCUUCAUCAUUUGGUUCCUUCAUCUCUCUCACUCUCUAAAGUUUCUCUCUCACUCAUACAAGCGGCGCCGGUGAUCUCGUUUUCUCUUCAAGCUCUGAAAACGCUGCCCAACCCAGGAUCUCCUCUCCUCCGGCGGCCUCUCUCUCUCCUGCAGGUAUUAUUCCUUUUCCAUUUUUAUAUAAAAUGUCAGAAAGUUCUCAAACUCACCGGCAUCUCCCUUCUCGGUAGAUUCUGGCCACAAUCGUCAUCUCUAGCGACGUGCUCUCCACUUUUUUCAGAUCUAUGCUACACACAUAAAAUGUCGAUCAACAAGACUUGGAUCAACAAUCCAAAUAAAUUAUCUGAUGAGUAUGGAGCUGGAGUGGUGGCAUUUCUUGAGAGAGCUAAAAAUUUUGUGGAUGAAACAGGACUGGUUAAGUGUCCUUGUAACAAGUGUGUCAAUAUUCAAUUGCAGACAAUCAACGUAAUAGAACAUCAUCUUUUCAAUAAUGGUUUUCUUCAGAGUUAUACUAAUUGGUAUUGGCAUGGAGAGGAGGAAAUAAUACCAACAAAUAAAGUGGUGCAACAAUGUCAGAAAGAUGAGAUAAUGGAUGGUCUUAAUGAUAUAGAACAACCAGAAAAAAACAAAGAUGAUGAAAUUGUGUGUGAUUAUGAGAUGAAUACAAGUGAAGAAUGUGUGUGUGAUGAUGAUGAGAUAGCUACAAGAGAAGAAAUCGAGUGUAAUGAUGAUGAUGAUGAUGAUGAUGAUGAUGAUGAUGAGUUACCUACAACUGAAGAAAACCAGCAUGAUGAUGAGAUACCUACAGAUUUCAGAGAUGGACAGGAUUAUCGCGAUUUGUCUGCAGAGAUGGAAGCUCCAUUAUUUCCAGGGUGUGAGAAAUACACAUCUUUGAAUUUCUUAGUUAAGUUGAUGUACUUCAAGGGGAAAAUUCCUAACAAUAUUUUUGAUGAGUUAUUGGGGCUGUUACAAGAUGCAUUUCCAGCUCCAAAUAAUUUGCCAAAGUCACGUAAUGAGGCCAAGAUGUUGCUGCGUAAACUAGGACCUGUUGUUGGGAUUCCAGAGACAUGGAGUACAACUAAUCACAUGGACGACGAAGGUUGGGACAGCAAGGACGCCGAGGACAGCUAUGAAAGGUUGAAAAAUGUGCUUGAGAUUCAAUUACAGUCUCCUGCAAGUUCAUCAGCUGCGAGUGCUUCCAUCUCCAUGGAUGAAGAGGAAAACACCGCCCUUGGCUUGAGGGCGCAACAUGAUGAUGAAGUUCCUCUUUAUGAGCAAGUUCAAGGUAUGAUGGCGAGCAUAAGAGCAAUGGAGGAGUAUAUGGCUGCGUUAGCUGGAGCCUCAUCGUUUCCACUUCCACCUCCACCUGAUCAGGAUCCUAAAGCUCCGAGCCAGUAGAAAGAACGAUCUUAUUCGUGUCUUUUAUUCUCUUACAAACAUGUUAUAUGAAUUGUGGUCUAAGCAUUGACAGUAUGGGACAUUUCUUUGACAGAUAAAUUUGUAUUGAGCUGCUAUUAGAAAGAAUGAAAGAUAUACUAAGAACUAGUAGUUGUUAAUCAAAGAAGGAAAUAAUAAUUCCUUAUGCUAAUCUGACAAAAUGGUUUCAAAACAUAGCUUGUAGUACCUCUUUUGAAGACAAAAUACUCUGUUUAUCCAACUUGCUUUGAAGAAUAUCAAAUUUAACUCUAUUAAACUUUUGGGCUCUAAUCAAUUUAUUAUUCUGGUUACUUGAACACAGACUAUUUUUUAAGGGUUGUGAAGGUAAGUUGUUUCUCUUCUUUCCUCUUUCAUGUUUAAAGCUACUUUAUUAUUUUGUUUCCAUUUGCUAAUCAGCUUUAGCAUUUAUGUGCUUUAUUAACAUGAUGUUGUUGCCAAUUUUGUCUUAAAGAAGUUAAC